CGAUUGGAUGGACAGGUAGUAGUAAUAACGGGCGCUAAUCAGGGUAUUGGCAAAGAGACUGCAUAUCAACUAUCACUUCGUGGAGCAAAGAUAAUCAUUGGCUGUAGGGAUGAGUUGAGGGCAGAGAAUGCCAUCAAAGAGAUUGUGUCUCGGAAUCCAAACGCAAACAUAAUUCACAUUAAACUCGAUUUGUCUUCUCUUCAGUCGAUUCGCGCAUUCGUUCAACAAAUCUAUGAAAACGAAACGAAAAUUGAUUUACUUAUAAAUAACGCCGCAAUCGCUUCAGACAUUGAGGGGAAAACAGAGGAUGGCUUUGAGUUGAUUUUCGGGACAAGCCAUUUGGGUAUUUAG